AAAUCACCCCCUACAAAACCCAAAACCCUAACCCGUGCUCCACUCCGCUUAUAAUAGCGAAGGAGACGAAGAGAGAGAGAGAGAGAGAGAGAGGGAGAGAGAGAUGGUAGUAGGGUUACGCCCCUUCGACGACAGAGUCGGCGACGGGCCCCGGCUCGACGCCGACUCCGGCGAGGAGGUGAUGCGCGUAGAGCGCGGCGUCGCCGUCGCCCUCGGCCGCCGCCCCAUGGAGUCGCCUGGAACCUUAUUCGUCACCACCAAGAGGGUGAUUUGGUUGAGUGAUGUGGAUAAGGAGAAGGGGUACGCGGUGGAUUUCUUAUCGAUUUCGCUCCACGCGGUUUCGAGGGAUCCGGAGGCCUAUCCCGUGCCCUGUAUAUUUGCUCAGAUUGAGACUGGAAACGAUGGGAAUGAUGUUGAGGGCUCAGAUUCUGAAUUUGGUCAAGAUACGGAUCUAUCAAGGAUAACGGAAAUGCGGCUGAUGCUGUCAGAUUCCAAUCAACUGGAUGCUCUUUUUGACAUCUUCUGUCAAUGUGCUGAACUGAAUCCCGAUCCUAAUUCUGUGAGCGGGGAAGAAAAUAGUUGGGUUUUUGGCAAUGAAGAGAUAGGUGAUGGAAGUUAUCCUGAGUGGCAAACAUAUGAGAGUCUUGCCAACCCUAUUGGCUACGCAAAUGGUGCUCACGACCUGGCUCAUUCAGUACUUGAGCUUCAAAUCAAUGAUCAAAGGUUCGAAGAUGCUGAGGAGGUCGAACAUGACACAAAUGGUGAUCAUCAGUGAGUAAAUAUUAACUACAUUCUAAUAUUAACUACAUUCUCAAAUUUCCUCUUUGAUUCCCCCAGUGUGAUGCUUCGUGGGGCAUGUAUCUUUGUUGACUACUGAUGUAGUUGAGGUGUGUUCUGCUAUGGAAAGAGAGUGUUUCUCUCUCUAGAAAUUGAAAUUUGGUUUUUACCUUUCCCUAGCAUGCAUCAUUCCACCCUGUAGAGAGUUGCAUCAAUCUUAAAUUUCCAUGAAAAGGUCUUGCUACUGGUCAAGAAUGUAAUUUAACUUUCAAAAGGAAAAUAUGUUAGAGGUUUGAACAAGUUAUCUAAUUCGAAAAUGCCUUUUGUUA